AUGCCUGCCUCACACUCUUUGGGCAGCAAUCAUCUGAUAGCGCUGGUCGUCCUAUUGUCUCUCUCUUCGAUGGGGGCUGGAGAGCCUGCACCCAUCGUUGCGACAACCAGCACGGAUUUCUUUGGUUACGAUGGUCUGUGGUCGGCUAUCAGCAUCAGAGUUGGAUCGCCCGAACAAUAUGUUUAUGUUCUUCCGAGUACACUGAGUCAGGAGACAUGGGUGGUAGGGCUGGCUGGCUGUGACGGAACCACAAUCUGUGAGAACAAAAGAGGAGGCUUGUUUGCCGCGAAUGAAUCAGUGUCGUUCAUACCUGAGGGCUUAUACGAACUCAACUUCAAUCCUCAACUGGGCAAUACCGGGCUUGGAUACUAUGGUCUGGAUGUGGUGUCCCUGGACGAUACCGCUUCGGUGCCUGACCAAAUCGUGGCCGUGGUCAAUUCUACAGCAUAUUGGGUAGGAAGCCUGGGCCUUGGUGUCCAAAACACUCGCUUCAGUGGCUCCGAGAACAUCUCGCCACUCUUGUCAAGCCUGAUCGAGAAGCGGAACGACAUUCCCAGCCGUAGUUAUGGCUAUACUGCAGGGGCGUCCUACCGUCUGAAGGGUGUGCCGGCUUCUUUGACAUUGGGAGGAGUUGAUGCAAAUCGAUUCGUGCCCAAUGGAAUGAGCUUCUCAUUGAGUCAGGAUUACGCGCCCAUCGUUGCUGUUAAUUCGAUAUCACUCUCGUCAAGCGCAGAGUCUUUGCCCUCAAAUUGGAAUUCUAACCCCCAGACGCUCCUGGACUCCUCUCAAGCCGACCUGUUCACCAUCGACUCCUCCACUCCAUUUCUCUGGCUUCCCGAAGCAGCCUGUGACGCCUUUGCGAGUGCCUUGAACCUCACCUACGACGAAACCCUUCAGACCUACCUCUUUCCGUCCGAUCGUUCCUCUUCACCUGAAGCGCUCAGUGCAUGGAAUCUGACUUUCACAUUCACACUCAGCAACUUACCUGGUUCCUCAAGCCAGAUUGAACUCAGUUUACCUUACGAUGCCUUCAACCUUCAACUGACAUAUCCGUUCCCUAACCUGGCCGCCAAUUUCACUUCGGCGCCCACAAACUAUUUCCCGCUGCGAAAAGCGGCUAAUUCGACACAAUAUACGAUUGGCCGAGCUUUCCUGCAAGAGGCCUACCUCAUAGUUGAUUACGAACGAAGUAAUUUCUCGGUUUCGCAAGCAGUGUUUACCAUGGAUGCUGUUAGCAACGUCAAUCUCCUUUCGAUAUCCCGUCCAGCAGGAAGCACAUGGCCCGGACCAGAAGGAUCUGGAUCUGGAAUCUCGACAGGCGCGAAGAUUGGAAUCGGGGUCGCAGCUGGACUGGGGGCAUUGGUGACAUUGGCCCUCAUCUGGUUCUUCUGUGUCCGCAAGAAGCGUUCCUCGGCCAGCCCCGGGGCAGAGAAGGAGAAGGCAAAACGGCGGACAUUGCUGGGUCGAUCCGAGCGCAAUCCGGAUUCUCAGACGACAGUUUCUGAGCUGCUUGGCGACAAACGCCAACCGACCGAAGUGCCCGCGGAUUCAUCAGCCAGCCGCUUCGAGUUGUCAGGCCAUACGCCGAUCGAGAUGCCAGCUGGCCCGGUGUCACCGAGUUUCUUCCAAGGCAGUGACGGCACUCCAAGAGCGUCGGCUUUGAUGAGGAACGAUCCGAGGCGACCAGCAGAGCUUGAGCAACAGAAUGCGGCUGAUAAGGCGGCAGAGGCAGCAGCCAGCGAGCGGUCUGGAUCGCCCGUUCCUCCAUAUUCUCCUGCGGAAAUCAAUCACCGUUUCAGCAACAGUGUCAGCCCAUACAGCGUCCGGAACAGCCGGGCUUUCGGAACUGUGUCUUCUGAUGAGCAGGGCAUCAGCCCGGUGGGUCAUUCCAGGCAAUCUAGCAACAGCAACAGUCGAAGCAUGCCCAGUCCAGUAUCACCAGAAAUGGCUUCACGAUCACGCAAUCAUCUCUCGUCCGGCGAAGGCAGCUUGACGAGUCCUGUGGCAAGCGCCAGCCAUAACAGCCUGCUAGUACCGCAACUGGGGGCACGUCCACCAUCGAGGUCGCCGAGUACUGGAAGCAGGUUCGUCGAAGAGGGCUUGAGUACGGUGGCAGAAGAGCGAGCUACCAGCCCACCUCCGCCUGCGCGGUUGAAGACAAAUGGUCCCAGGUUCAGCUGGGAACAAUGA